ACAGUUGUUCUGCCGCGCGCAAAGUAGUCGGUUGUAUAGUGUGAUCUCUCUGGAUUUUUUCGUAUUGUGAUCCACUAAAUCGCCCUUCAAACGGAUAAUACAACAAUACAGAGGCUGUGUCUCUUCUCUCCGCACCGCUGGGUCUUUACUUCUCCUCUGACAGUUCUGAUGUCUGAUGAGUGGACGUAGCCCCGGGCCCCGGCGGGCCCUAGCGGGGGCCCCCUGUGUGUGUCUGCUACAGCGCUGCCUCGCCGUCCAUCUGCAGAGGGUGGGCCCCGGGCCCCGCGCAUCACCGUCUCACCAUGUCCAUCCUUCCAGUGACAACCCCCCGCAGCAGUACUGGAUGUACGACAGCGGCUACCUCGUCUUCCAGGGAUUCCUUGAAGCCAACCAGAAAUGUUUCUGGAACCCCGGGCUGCUGGAGGCCGUCCGGGUGCUGGAGUUCCAGGGGUAUGUGGCUCCAGGAGUACUGCUGGUGCGGGCCAACCCUUGUGCUCUGGAGGUGAUCCGCUCCGCCUGGGCGAGGAACGUACUCAAAGCACCCGCCAACUACGCCAUCACCUCUGUCGGAGACGUAGAGGACUGUCUGAUUCAGCCCAUAUCUCAAGGCCAGUGGACACCUCUGGCUGAAGCUCUGUGUUGGGUGGUGCUAGAGUUGACAGCUACUGGACAAGUGGCUGUUAUAGACACUAUCCGAACAUCUCUGCACACCACCUUCCCGGGAAUAGAGUGGCCAUCGCGAGAGCUCGUCUAUGACACUCUUGCUCAACUAUGUACAGAUAGGAAAUUGUACCAGACGUCCCGCGGUUACUUUGUGAUGACACCCGAGUCGCGGAGGCUACGGAAGACUUCCCUGGACGACCCCGGUGUGAGCCGUACUAUGUUGCUGAGUACGGACGAGGCUGUGGCGAUGGUCCAUGGAGAGAUGGAGACUGUCUUGGACGGAGAGAGGACUCAUCAGGCCAUCCAGACUAAUCUAGCAGACGUCAUAUGUGGAGGUAACCCAGGAGACAAAGUGCUCUACGCUCGGUCGCCUGUCAAGCGAGCGCAGCUGGAGAGAAGGCACUCGCUGCGAUUGUUCGGCAGCAACAAAAGGUUGGCUCAGAUACAACGGAGUGGCUCCAUGCGACACAUUCCCACACGACAGACAGAUACGACAACACCCUCACCUGUGCCACUGGCAUCAUCUUCCACGUUCUCUCGUAAAUCCUUGUCGCUGCUGUCACGUAUAUUCAGGAGGUCCAAGAGAGGAAAGUCGCAACCUCUACAGACAUUCUCCGCACAGUUCCCUCCCUCUGAGUGGUUCAACAGUCGAGUGCGACACCUACACUCGGUCGGCACUCAGACACAAGCCAUGCCUGCUCGGACCACUCGUAGCAAUAGUCCCUCCAUCAGGAGCCGAGCCAACAGUUCAAGCCGAGUAAGAGACUGGGGAGGAGACAGAGACGACACUCUCCAGCGACAUCCGCGACGCUCGGCUGCCACCACCCCCACUCCCUCCCGACCACCCUCUCGUCGCUCCUCGCCCUCCCGCAGCUCUCUGUCCUCUAGCAAGACCGUGGUCAACACCAAGAGUCUGUCAUCAGCCAGCUCCGGCUACAACUCUCUGCCACGGUCCAAGGCUUCACCUUCUCCCAAGAGCUCGCCUGUACAUACAGCUGCAAACUCUGGCAAAAACUCAAUCACACUGCAAGUCUCAACAAACCAAAACAAAGGAAACUACUCAAGUCAGUGUGACACGAACAUCGGGGGUUUCAUAUCUUCUUUGAAAUCUUCAGUUGGAGAAUCAACAGACGAUAACUCAACUACAAUGACAACGACUAUCAACGGUGCCAAUACAACAAAAAUAUUUGUACAACAACAGAAUUCCCCUGUGCGGUCUAUCAUAACUUUUGAAAAUGGGUCAGCAAAAAACCCUAAGAACACAGAUUUAAUUAUUUUAAACGGUGGUAAUGCCUCAGACACAAAUAAGGGUAAUGAUAAGGACGGCAAUAAGAAUAAGAACAAAUCAAAGGCUGAGAGGCCAACGUCUUUGUACUCUAAGGAAGGCUUGGAAGAUCCUAAAAAAGAGAAACUCUUUGGUCAGCUUGAAACUCAGCUGAAGAUGAAGUUUCCUUCCUCGGAAACAAUUCAGUUGGAGGAAAAACUAUUGACAUCAUCAAAAAACAAUAAAAACUCACAAAACAGGACUGUCUUUGACUCUUCAAAACUUGCUUCAGGGAGUUUAAUUGAUGUUGCAAACUUAGAAUCGGAGCUCAAUAAUGUCAGAAAAGCCUCAAUUUCAUCGACACCUUUACAGUCGUACAACAAAACUGAGAAUCUCAGCGUAAAAAAUCUUCUCAAGGAAUCCGAUCCUUUUUCACCCCUGAUCAUGAAUAAAGAGGCAAAAAACUUCAACAGUAACCCUCCAAGUCCAACGAAACCCUACCCGAGCGAGUUAACUUCAGCAGGACAGAUUUUCAACAGCGACUUCAUGAAGCUCAACGGGAGUUUGAGUACGCAGGAUAUCAAGAAGGACGCAAACUCGGAGCUCGGAACUUUUCCGAGCUUGAGUGAUUUGUCACUACAUUUCACGUCAAUCGCAGCCCAGAAUAUUCUGAAAGGAGUUAGCAUUAAUUCCAUCGAUACUUUAGUAGAAGUUAACAUGGCCGCUGAGAAACAAAACAACUGUGACGUAACAGUUCACACGGACUUUGGAGUGGUUUGAAUAUUCCUAACUGUAUUGUUUAAGAUUCGAUCUUUGUUUGUAUUUAUGAACUGUACAAAUUAACUUUAAUUAACUUUUAGAUUAACUGAUAGGAUGCCUGAAUUUAAUUGCCAUAUUUCCGAUUGGUUACCAAAACGGAUGAUUUUCAAUGCCUGAUUUACAAAUCAAAAGAUAAUUUAUUUGCAAUCUUAGCAAACUGUAGAUUUUUGUCACAGUAUUUUAGAAGAAGAGAAAAAUGACUUCACAAACAUUUUUUCAGUAUGAUAUGUAGUUACAUGAUUAUUUUAUUUGUAUACUAGACUAUUUGUCAUAACACCAAUAAUUUUAAUUUCCUAGCAUUUAUGAUGUAAUGUAAAUACUUAGGAAAUUGUUAUGUAUAUUCACUGUAAAUGUCUCCAGCAUAAAAUUACUGAUAACAUGUAGAAUACCUUCUCCUUACAUAACAAAUGUAUGUGAGAAGGAGUUUUUAGUGCAACUAUAAACUAACAUAUCGUCAUUGACAUUGAUACUGAAGUUUUAUCAAUACUGUAGUCAAAAAUAUCGUAUACGGUACUAAAUUAUGUUUAAUCAGUUAUUAAAUAGAUAAUCCGGAGAUUUAAAUAUGAAAAACCUUUUAAUAAGUUCAGAGGUCAACUUUCAUAGUUUAUAUUCUAUUUACUGUGUGUCAAACAAAUUUGAAACCUAACAAUCAAAGAACAAUCAAACCAAAUACAAAAUAGUAGUACACAAUGCCUUAUAGGGAAAUACGAUGAAGAUUAUGUAAGAACUUCAUUGAUAUAAAAUCCACAGUACUUGUAAAAUAUUGAUUCACUGUGCCAGAAAAAUAAAAUCAAACCUAAUUUAAAUCUGUAUAGUUAUAAUACUUAUCCUGUCUUCACCACAUAGUUUAAUCCCCGUUGUAUGUAUGUUUGAUAACAAUUGAAACUACUUUUCUACAAAGUAAGUAUGCAAGUUUUCUACAUAGCAAGUGUUGGAAAUUUACUUGAAUUUAAUUUUGACAAGUUUCCUUACAAUGAAACCUUCAAUUCUAAGGUUUUGUGUACAGAUCUGUGCAUUGAAAUACAAAUUGCAAUAAGUUAACUACCAACAGGUAUACACAACUUGUAUAUAAGAUUCCAGUACCCUAUCGAUAUUUACCACUCGAAUAAUCUACCAGAUAGCCUACUGUUAAACUUGUUUGUUCACAUUGUUCGUUUCUUUGUAUUAACUGUAAACUCUUUGUUGUACAUACUCUUAAGGUUGUAAUAAAUAAUCUUUACUUAAA